UUGUUGUUUUUUUUCUCGCUUUGCACGGCUUGCGGCAAGAGGCACACCACUAACGCUCUGUUCAUUUGUGCAUUACGAGACCGAUGUGUUGUAGAGAUUAGUCUUUGAACAGUUUUCAAUGUGGUCACUUCAAAUGCAGUAGCACCCUCAGAGCCUUCUUCGUAAUUUUUACCUCCUACUGGUAACUUUGAUAGCUGUUUAUAUAUUAAAAUUGGCAUUCAGAAGUCCCUCUCCCUUCAAGUUAUGUAGGUGAGAAACUAAAUCGCUGUUGCCUUGCUUGGACGGAAGGAUCUGUAUACCCCCCAACGGAUUUACGAGGAGAAACAACGUGCUCUGAAUGUAGAGCAGACUUAAACUAACACUGACACAUUUUGGACCUAUCGCAACAGUGCAACCGCCAAUAUUCGGACCAGAAACGUUCGGAAUCAUUUCAGCGUCCGUGAAUGUUUAACUAUUUCAUGUCAGUAAAGCUGUUAUUUGAACAUCCUUAGCAGAUCGCUUUUGGUGGCGUCCCUGCAAGGAGCGAGCGCAGAAGAAACCGUUGGCUAUCAACUCACAAGAAAACAUAAAGCAGGACAUUGCAGUCGCUCUAUGCGAAUAGAACCCGUAGUCUUCUGUUGUGACAUUCAGUAGUGUUUCGGCUUCACUUAUGGCUUCGCUUUAUCAGAGAUUUACUGGAAAGAUUAAUACGAACAGGUCCUUCCCCAUUCUACCCGAGGCCAGUCGUCUACUCGGUGGACAGGGCGCAGAAGAGGACAAUGCAGGGAAGACCCCACGCCCCUUGCAAGAAAGCCGUCCCAGUUCCCGUUAUCAACACAGGAGUGACUGCGGAGAUGAGGACGAGCUGGUGGGCAGCAACCCUCCGCAGCGGAACUGGAAAGGAAUCGCGAUCGCCCUGCUCGUCAUUCUGGUCAUCUGCUCUCUGAUCGUCACCUCCGUCAUCCUCCUGACCCCAGUUGAGGAUGACUCGCUUGGCCUCAAGGCCAAGGUGUCCACAGAAGCCCUUGCAAAAGAGUUCCAAAUCCAUGACCCGAAUGCCAAGUGGAUCAGCGGUAGCGAGCUGCUGUACCGCACGCGUGACGGCGACGUGGUCGUGCACAACGUCGAGACGAAGGAAAAGAGGGUUUUGGUGGACCAGAAAAAGUUUGAUAUGUACAAAGCCAGCAAGUACGAUGUGUCCCCCGACAUGAAGCAUGUGCUGCUCGCCUACAAUGUUGUCCCAGUCUAUCAGCACUCUUUCACGGCGUCUUACAUCAUCUGUAGCCUGGAGACUCCGGAGACCUGGAAUCUGAAUCCACCAGAAGUGCGGAACGUUCAGCUGCAGUACGCUGGGUGGGGACCAAAGGGCCAGCAGCUGAUCUUCAUAUUCGAGAACAACAUCUACUACCGGGCCACCGUGGAGAGCCGUUCCAUACGCCUGGUUUCUUCAGGAAAGGAGGACGUGGUAUUCAAUGGGCUCAGCGACUGGCUGUAUGAAGAGGAGAUCUUUCAGACACACAUUGCUCACUGGUGGUCUCCAGAUGGCGCCAGGUUGGCAUAUGCCACCAUAGACGACACCUUGGUCCCCAAAAUGGAGAUACCCAUGUUCACGGGCUCCAUUUACCCAACAGGAAGAGAGUACCAUUACCCAAAGGCAGGAGAGGAAAACCCAAUGAUCUACCUGUACGUGGUGAACCUGAACGGGCCCCUGCACACUAUAGACAUGAAACGCCCAGAAGACCAGAGGAUAGGGGAAUACUACAUAACCAUGGUGAAAUGGGCAACAAGCACCAAGCUGGCUGUGAACUGGCUGAACAGACCACAAAAUAUCUCCAUUCUGACACUGUGUGAAGCCACCACUGGGGUCUGCACUAAGAAACACGAAGAUGAAAGUGAGGGCUGGCUGCACAGACAGAACAAAGCUCCGCUGUUCUCCAGAGACGGACACAAGCUGUUCUUCACCCGGGCCAUCCCACAGGGCGGUAGAGGAAAGUUCUACCACAUCUCCAUGUCCUCCUCACAGCCCAACUCCAGCACAGACAGUCUCCAGUCCAUCACAUCAGGAGACUGGGAUGUGACAAAGGUAUUGGCCUACAAUGAAGAGAAUCAUCUGAUCUACUUUCUUAGUACAGAAGACGAUCCCAAAAGAAGACAACUUUACAGCGCUGACACCGCGGGCCACUUCAACCGCCGGUGCCUCUCGUGUGAAUUUGCGGAUCGAUGCGGAUAUGUAGGCGGCUCCUUCAGUGAGAACAUGGAGUACUUCCUCCUCAUCUGUGAAGGCCCUGGUGUUCCUUUUGUGGUUGUAUACGACACCCAGCAGAAAGAGAGGGUUCUGGAACUGGAGAUGAAUGCGAAUCUGAGGAAGACCAUAAACUCCAUGCAGAUGCCCAAAGUGGAGUACAAGGACAUAAAUAUAGAAGAUUACACUCUGACCAUGCAGAUCCUCAAGCCUGCUGGCUUCCAGGACACAGCCCUUUACCCGGUGCUACUGCUGGUGGACGGGACUCCAGGGGGACAGAUGGUCUCAGAGCGGUUCCAGGUGGACUGGUCCACAGUUCUGGUCAGCAGUUUCGGGGUCAUCAUCAUCCGCGUUGACGGGAGGGGUAGUGGGUUCCAGGGCACCAACCUGCUUCACAAGGUGCAGCGCAAGCUGGGUGUGUUUGAGGAGAAGGACCAGCUGGAGGCACUGAGCAUCAUAGCAAAAGAACCUUACAUUGACAAAACACGUAUGGGAGCCUUCGGAAAGGUGUAUGGAGGAUAUGUAACAAGCCUCCUCCUCAGUUCUGAAGAUUCCUUACUGAAGUGUGGGGCGGUCCUUUCUCCCAUCACAGAUUUUAAAUUAUAUGCAUCUGCAUUUUCAGAGAGAUAUUUGGGAUUACCCAAGCCUGAUGCAAGGGUUUAUGCGAUGGCAAACUUAACGAAUCGAGCAUCACGUUUCAAUGAUAAAAAAUAUCUGAUCAUUCAUCCAACAGCCGAUGAGAAGGUCCAUUUCCAACACACUGCAAAGUUCAUCACCCAACUAAUCAAUGAAAAGGCAAAUUACACUCUACAGAUCUACCCGGAUGAGGGCCACUUUAUUCACAGUGAGGGGACACGGCAGCACCUGAGCCAGUCGCUGGUGAACUUUUUUGAGGAGUGCUUCAGAUUACCUGACCAAGUGUUUGAGGAGAAGGUGGAGGAGGAGAUGGAAGAGGAGGGAUAAGCCACGCCCCCUGCCAUCACCGCUGCCACGCCCAGCACACGCCAGCUUCCCCUGGCCGCCACCAUCAUCCCUUCGACCACAUCACUUUCUCUGAGCAUGUACCCACGACUGUGGUCCUGCAGCCUCCCUCUUCAUCGUACAUACCCUCCUCAGCUCUGAUUGGCUGCAGGGCGAACAUCCGGAGCACCUCCAUCACGCCGUUGGCUUUAGUUGAGACAGCAUCGCUGACAUUGUGCUGGCAUCGCCUGGUUUAUUUGGCUAACUGUCAGGAGAAGGCAGUCUUCCCCUCAGUCCAAGCUGUUGGUCCUGUCAGUGGGAAGACAUACUCAGAUUACAUUUAUACACGCACACACACACACAUACUGACGUAAACACAAUCACAUGUGCAGAUGCACACACACAUAGACACAUACAUAUGCAUGCUCACACGCAAUAGAAAGAGAGACACACAUUCACACAUGCAU